GCUCGGUUCUCCUGGUAGUUCAUUUCCUCCCUGGCUCGGUGUUGGUGUGGAGCCGCUGGCGCUGGGGCUUUAAUUUUGUUGAAAAACAUGUAACCAAAAUCCUAAAAGCGGAAGGCAGAAGUCACACCGAGGAGCUCUGUGUUUGCUUAUUUUGUUUUUUUGUUUCCACGAGGCCUGCGAAUGGCGAGCGCGAGCGCGGAGUGAGUCUCGAAGAAGGUAAGAGGAGAGACACCACGCCACCAGCGCAGUGAGACUGGAUCACAGGAAAGUACCAGCCGGCUGCACCAUGCAGGGGAACAGAGGCCCCGGCCGUCUUCCCCAGUUAGUGACGCCGUCCAGUGGAUCAGUGCCUUACACUAUGACCCGGGUCGUACCUGUAAGAUCUCCGCCCCCUGUCAAAGCCUUGCCUCCAGCGCCAGCACGCCCAAAACCGCUGGCGCCGCCUCCGACACGACCGCCCGCCGCUCGCGCCCCCGAGGUCCACAACCGGCGGCAGAUAAAGAACACGUACAUCUGCACCGGAGUCUGCUUCGGCAUGUUCUUCCUCGUGCUCAUCCUCGUCCUCAGUCUGAGCUCCAGCCAAGUCCUUGAUGAGAACUGUCCUGACCACAACCUGACGCUGAGUAACUGGAACCCGGGACACAACCCAAAAAAGGCUGUGGUGGUGCAGAAUGGACAAAACUUCAAACUGAUUGCAUCAGCAACCCUCCACUCUCUCACUAUCCAAUCAGGAGGGUUGGUGGUGUUUGCUGAUAACAAGGAAGGUUCAAACAACAUUACUCUACGAGUGCACUUCAUUUUAAUUGAAGAUGGAGGAGCCUUUCACAUCGGUGCCUCGAAGUGUCGCUAUCGUUCCCGUGCCACCAUCACGCUGCUGGGCCGCUCGGACGACGCCUCUGUUUCUCCCGUGCCCGGUUUCGGACGCAAGUUCAUAGGCGUACGUCCCGGUGGCACUCUGGAGCUCCACGGCGUGCAGUGGCCAUCCUGGACUCUACUCACGCGUACCGUGCCUGCCACAGGCCUGGCAGCCGGCAGCUAUGCCUUCCAGAGGAACUUCAGUCGAGGGAUCAACCUUCGCGUGGUAGACCAGGACACGGGUGCCUUGCUAAGCACCGAACGCUUCGACACGCACGACUCGCAGAAUGACAGCAGGAAGCUGACCCAGAUGCUGCGCUCGCUGCCACACGGGCGCAUCGUCGCUCUCGCUGUGGGCGACUCGGCCGCCAAGAACCUUCUGGACGAGACCAAGAAGACCAUCCAGGAUCUUCUGGGCAGCCACUAUGUUCAUGAGCUCAAAUACAGGCAGGCGUGGGCGCUGGUGUCUGUGGUCGGUGGAGGAAACAGCUCAUGCUCAGAGGAGGUACGUGAACACGAGAACCAUGACACUGGGGGAAAGGCGCUGGCUCGGCGAGAAUUUGUCACUGUGGACGGCGUGCGGUUCUUCGUGUCCGCAUACAGCGAGUGGUGGAUCGGUUACGCCAUAUCAGGAUUUCAGGUGGACGUGGUGGACCAGGUGAUCCUGAACGUUCAGGACGAUGUGAGCAGCUGGAGGCCAGGAGAUAGGAUUGUGGUCGCUAGCACUGAUUAUUCCAUGCACCAAGCUGAAGAGUUCACACUGCUGCCCUGCUCCCACUGCACCAAAACACAGCUCCGGAUACAAGGGAAGCCUCAGUUCACUCACAUGGGCGAGAUUGUAGACGGGGUGGACAUGCGUGCUGAGGUGGCACUGCUCUCCAGGAAUAUCCUCAUCCAUGGAGAGAUGGAGAACUCCUGCUACGGCAACAACUGGUGUCAGUUCUACGCCCACGACACCUUCGGAGGACAUGUCAAGAUCCUGGGAAAUUUCUCCUCGGUACACAUGUCUCAGGUGGAGCUGAAGCACAUGGGCCAGCAGGCGGAGAGGGACAGCCAUCCAGUCCACUUCCACAUGUGCGGUGAUGUGGACGAGGGUCGUGCCUACCUGGACUCGCUCUCCAUCCACCACUCGUUUUCGCGCUGCGUCUCCAUCCAUGCCACCAAUGGCUUGCUGGUAAGGGACACGGUGGGAUACGACACACUGGGCCACUGUUUCUUCCUGGCGGACGGAAUCGAGCAGAGGAACACGUUUUAUCAUAACCUGGGAUUAGUGACGAGGCCGGGGACCAUCCUGCCCACAGAGCGCAAUGACACCAUGUGCACCAAAAUACGAGACCGAGUGCAUGGAGGAUACACGCCUUCACCAGCCACUGAGUGCAAGGCCGUGUCGACGUUUUGGAUCGCCAACCCAAACAACAAUCUGAUCAACAAUGCAGCCGCUGGCUCCCAGGAUGCAGGAAUUUGGUACAUCUUUCACAAUUCCUCGACAGGAGACUCUCAUGGCCUCGUACCUGAGACCAAAGCUGAACUCACUCCUCUGGGGAUUUUCUACAACAACCGGAUUCAUUCCAACUUUAAGGCGGGUCUUUUUAUCGACAAGGGAGUGAAGACGAGCAACGCCAGCGCUGCAGAUCCCCGCGAGUAUCUUUGCCUCGACAACAAUGCCAGGUUUCGUCCCCAUGAGAAUUCGGACCCGACCAAGCUGCGUGUGGCUGCUGUCAUCGACACGCUGGUCUCCUUUAAGAACAACGACCUCGGCGCCUGGAUCCGUGGCGGUGACAUCAUCAUAAGGAACUCUGGAUUUGCAGACAAUGGUGUCGGACUGUCAUUUGCAAGUGAUGGCAGUUACCCUAAAGACGUGGGCUCCAGUCAGGAAGUGUCCGAGUCUCUGUUUGUGGGCGAGAGCAGAAACCGUGGCACCAACGGAGGACAGAAUAAAUACUGGGGUGUUGGAGGAGUGGACGGCAGUCUGAGGACUCUGCCCCGAAACAAGACAUUCCCCAUCCGUGGGUUUCAGAUCUAUGAUGGACCCGUGCGGCUGAUGAGGAGCACAUUCAGGUCAUACACACCGACUCCAGAGCGCUUCACCAGUGCCGUGGGCUUCAGCCUUAAAAACGCCUGGCAGCUCACACCAAGAAACAAUCUAUCCUCACUGUCCUUCCUGCCCAGCGUAAACCUUAAAGCGUUUUUUGGCCGUCCUGGUCAGUGGUUUGAGGACAAUGACUUGGAUGGAGACAAAAACUCAAUCUUUCAUGACCUGGAUGGCUCGGUGAGUGGCUAUCCCGAUGCGUACGUGGUGAGAGCGGACAACUUCCUGCUCCAGCACCGUGACUGUGUGAAGGUGCCGCAGUGGAACGGGUGUGUGUGCAGCGGCCGCUACGCUCAGGUGUACAUAAAGACACAAGGCGUGCCCAACCUGAGCCUUUCGAUCAUCAGGGACGAGUAUCCUGAAAAGCCCUUGGUGCUGAGGGGCAUCAACAGCCAGGCAGCACCUUCACAGCAGUACCAGCCCGUCCUGAUGCUGAGCAAGAGCUACACGCUGCACUGGAAUGGCCAGGCACCCAAAGAAAUAGUCCUCCUACUUGCCAAUUUUGACCCAGGUGACUGGGUGCUUGUUGGCCUCUGCUACCCUACAGACACAGUUUUCCAGGUGAUGUCAGACAUUUAUGACCGUCAGAACAAUGCAUUUGAUGGCAUGGAGGACUAUGGCUCCGUCUCUUCUCUGGCUGAUUUGGAAAAGCGCCAACAGGACAGGAAGUACUUUUUUGACCGGGGCACUGGCUUGCUGUGGUUGUACGCUCGAGCGCGGCAUCCCCGUAAUGGCCACAGCUACUGCUCUACCCGAGGCUGUGAGCGGGUGAAGAUCACAGCCACCACAAGCACCAAAAAAACAUGUAACUGCACCGCUGCUGCCUACCCCACGUACAGCAAGGAGCCCACAGCAUCUGUGCCCAUGCCUGCACCCGUCACACAGCCCUGCAACAAAUGUGGGGCCUCAAAGCUGGUCUUCUCCAGUGACCCGUGGAACAGCUACCUCCAAACUCAGAUCAAAUCCCUCAGUGUCGCUGAUGAGCAGAAAAAUGACACACAAGCCUUCAUCACUGUAAACGGCAAACAAUUUAACCUCAGUACAACAGGCUUCCUCGCUGUCACUGUAGACGCCUGCACCGGCAAAGUCAUCAAAAAUAUGGUCUUUUUAAAGCAGGACUCCACCAUGGAGAAGUAUUUCAAAGCUGGAAUUCCAGCAAGGUCGAUUGUCCUGCUGGCCUCAAGAGGACAACCUGAUGGCUUUGCUGGUGUAGCGCAGUACCUCGUCCCCCUGGGAGCAGCCAAAGUGGCAGACCUACAGGGGAAAGGGAGUCUGUCAUUUUUUGGCUUCCAGGGAGCAUCAUCACCCCCACCGUGGGUUUCCCUCCUGAUGAGUCAGGGUAAAGAGGUCGUGGAAAAAUAUAUACCGCUCUCCCUAGACGAAUAUUCGUGCACUCCAGAGACGGAGCCACCGCAACGGAAAGAUCUAGAACUGCUGAAGAAAGCUCGGAGUUAAGACCUUACAAUGUGAACAUGACAGGCAAAAGAUUGAAUGUGAAUUUAUGAACUUUAUUUAUUUAUGGCGAACAAAACACCUUCGGGGGGGUAUUUUAUAGAGUACACUGUGUGUUUGUAUGCGAGAGAGAGAGAGAGUGUGUUUUGUGUCGCUGUUGUCAUUUUUGAUGAUUGUAUUUUGUCCCUAGUCCAUGGCACCGAGUGCUGCACUUUUAGGAAAUUCAGCCAAACUACAAGCAGGAAAGAUUCAAAUCAAAUGAUACAGCAAAAACAUGGAAAAAUCACAAGUGACUUCAUGAGCUUAAACAAGUGCAAAGCAAACAAGCAGGAAAAAUGCUUUAGCCUUCAAGCAAACAAACGAACAAAAAACAUGUAACCAGACACAAGUAGGAAGCAAACACUUAACCAGUUAGAUUGUAUUAGGAAAGAGUGUGGAGCUGGUCAGUUCCAGUGUUUGUACAGUGUGUCGUAAACAUUAGAACACAUGAAAAGUGAUAGAGGAAUGUGUUUUAGGAUAAAGUUAGCAGUGUUAUCUGCAACAUGCAGCUAGAGAGUGUAUUUAUUUAGUGCAUUCAUCACCUACACUGUUCCUGAAGAUCUACCUUCUUACAGAAUUCCCCAAUCCAUCACAGCACUAGCUCCGAGUUCUGCUGUUCACACAACUCCAAGCUGAUGUACACCAGACGUAAUUUUUGUAAUAAUACCAAACUUAUUUUGUUCUUCUAAGAUACCCUGAAUUAUUAUUCAGAGCUCGUACUGAAGACCUGUAUGGAGUUGACUGAUAUAACUGCGAGUCCCAUGUUGACUGCUAAUGAUGAUUUCUGACCUGACCCAGUGACCAGGGACUCGAUGAUGGGUUGAUGAGAAGGAUACAGAACCCUGAGGAGGUCAUUUAAACAGUUCAGAGCUUACAAUAAUGUUUAAUAAUAGAGUCUCACAUCCACCCUGUUAUCAUUUUAAUUAAAGAUGCCAAUCCACAGAGGAGAAUAUGGAACUCGACCUGCUUAAACUGAGCGGCUGAACUUUUACCUGAUUGCUGGUACAGGAGCCACAUUCGGAGAACAGGGCCGGGGGUUAUCAGGAGCAGGAAACCGAAACGCGUAUGGACGUAGAUCUCUAGCACCGGUGCUGGUGACUAGUUUAGCCGAGCGUUGAUUGAUAUAGAGCUGUCUUACUAAGAGUUAAUUAGAUAGCAGGCUGUUACUAAAUACACAAAAAAGGCAACUAUAUAAUGCUAAGUAUUUGCUCAAAUGGAUUUGAUAAAUAACUCAGUCAUGUAACUAGUGUUUUGGAUAAAGCCUUAUAGUCUUUACUCUGCACACAAAACCAUCUUCCUGAAUGUCAUUACUGUAUCUAUACCUGAUGUUUCUGCAGCGUUCAGGUUUCGUUCGAUUCAGUCACCGUUUCUGUUUCUGAUUCGUUUUUGUUUUCCGCGGUUAUUUAUUAUUCUGUAUGUCAUUUCUCGUCAGAUGUCACAAUUAAAAGAAUUGCUGCUCGAAGAACUUUUACACACCUAAAUAUACUGUUCAUAGCAGGUGAUGGUAUAGUAUGUGCCGAUAUUAAAUUUCAGAUCCUGAUCGUUGCCAGAAGGUUUUCAUCUCAUCCAGUGGACAGUAUUAAUAGGAAAUGUUGACUUUACAUUUGUGUCUAGGGUUUAGAAGACUGCCAUUUAUUAGCUUUUAUUACAAAAAGAAAACUUACCAGGCAGUCUCCAAAAUUAUAUUUUAAAAUAGUCCACAAUAACUACAUCAAAUAUACUGAAUAUGUAUACACCACCGUGAUAUGCCAUAUAACGAAAUGUUGUGGCACGGCGCUCACUUACAUAAUACCAGCUACAGUUAUACAGCUAACACUCAUUUCCUCACCAGCUUCUCAUUUUUCUCUCUUGAUGCUGAGAGGAAAAACCCCACUGCUGGUGGUGUUUACUGAGGAACUAGAAAGCGCAGUUACAGUUUUACCUCCGUGCUGGCACUGGAGACUCCUUAACUGUGAAAUAAACGUCUCCUUGGCAACAGCCAUACAUUUUCUUUACAUUUUAUCAACACCUUCUGACCAAUCAGAUGUGAGAAUUCAGCAGCGAAUGGUGUAGAACCCUAUGUUGUUUAACUGAUCGUGUGCCCAAGUGACAUCUCCCACUAUAUACAGUGCAGAGGGUCACAUUGUGCUCGUGCCAGACCUGAAAUAAACAUACUGAUUCAGUGCCUAAGAACAAAUACAUCACCCCUCAGUUUUCACUGUUGCUUUUACAGUAAAUUAAAUGCCAAAUUGUCUGUUUUUCUUUAAAGGAAGCUGCCUGUUUGUUAACCACUGUACUGUUAAAAUAGAUUUAUGAUGGAUGAUGUAUUAAGGUGUUGGGUUUAUUGCUGGUGUUUUUUCAGUGGUCUAAAGAAACUCACAACAUGUUUGAGGGCUUGUUCUAGUAUACAAGUGCCUUUUUACCUUUUUCAAGUAUUAUUUUAUAUUAUGUUCAAAGUUUCUGUUUUCUAUAGUAUUGCUUUUUGUGCUGCAAUUUUGAUAAAACAUUUAUACUUUGUCAUGAGUGUCUUUUUUUUUUUGUUAAAUUGUUGUAUUUACGUAUAUUAACAUGUUUAUUGCUGUAAGACUGACCUUUUAUAGGGGUUUUCCACCUUCUUUACUUAAAUAUAAGAAUUUGAGGGGAAACUAUUAAUUAGCUCCAGUAGUAGAUGAAUAAACUCAAACUCUGUGGAUCCUUUA